UUCUAUGGCAAAAAAUUUUGCCGAGUGAAUCGCGGUGGUGAUGGGAGUGAGUAAGAAGUAAUAUUCGUGAGGGACAGGAAUAUUCGGUUGUCGUGUGAAUUAUCAAAUUUUUCUUUGUCCACUGUCGAAUAAAAGGAUAUAAUACCUCAUUUAAAAUACAUGGAAGCUCAAUCAUUUCCAUGAGCUUAAAAAAAAAGUGGCCUGAACAUCGGGAAUUCGGUAUUUGGAGUCGUUGCUGAAAGGCUGAAGGACAAACUAGCCAGGAUCGCAGGCGACGCCGGCCGCCUUGAACCUUGUCGGAGUCUCUUCGGCCUUAACAGAGGUGCACGAGGGUCGAAGGUUCGAUAAAUAAUAUAUACAUUUAAAAAGAAAAAAAAAGUUUUCUUGCUCUAUAGUAUCCGUAUAUCUAGUGCAGUACAAACAGUUUUGAUAUAAAAAGUUUUCCUUAGUUCGUGUUGUGCUCGAUUGAAACGUUGAAGUUAAAAUAACUAUCUAAUAAACGAAAAAAAGACAAAACAGAACCUACAACGACAAGAAAAACCCAAGUUGAGAAGUUCCGAGUCGCGAUAACAAAAAAAAAAAAAUGAAAAAAAAAACAAAAUGAAUCGAAUCGACAAGUAUACUUUGUAUCUGUGUGAUAAAUAAGUUCUUCAUCAGUUGAGUAAAGUAUGCAAAUGUUACAAAAAACUUUCAAACAACCAAUCAAAGUACGAAACGUCUACAACGGUACGUGGUAAAUAAAAAAAUGUCCGACAAGGUUACGGAGCGUGCAUUUCCCGGUCAAGAGCGAGUCCCAUGGGCUAUUUACGAUACAGGUAAGCCCUGCCACGACGCAACUACAAAAAUGUAGCCGAAUACUCACGUUGUAUUGGGGGUAGAAUAGUCUACAAUGUCCGAUUCAGGAUCUGAUUGUUCAUCGGAGGAGGAUUACAACAGUUCUCGAGGUAGGGCGAUGACUCCAGAUGGUUCCAUUUCAUCCCAAUCUGCACCGCAGUCUCCUUCCGAUCACUCUGUAUCCUCAAGGGGAAAAUCACCAGGCCCCAUGUCUCUGAGAUCACCUAGAUCAGGUCCAGCAUCACCAAAGUCACAGCAGUCUGGUCCCGUGUCUCCAAAGUCGCCUAGGUUUGAUCCAGGAUCACCUCGGUCCAGCCGAAGCUCAGAAAAAUCAACGCUGGUCUCACCCAAGUCUCCUGAAUCACCUCGCUCUGAUAGGAGCUCGCCUAGGUCUCCAAUUCAGUCAGGACCAACUUCGCCAAAAUCGCCUCACUCUUAUAUUGACUCUCCAAAGUUUUUUGGAUCUGCACAGAAUUCUGGACAAUCUGCAGAUAACUCACCGAAAUCUCCGGAAUCUAGAAAUAGCUCGCCUAAAACCUCACGGUCUAAACUCAACUCGCCGAAGUCCCCAAAGUCGCCAAAGUCUCCGACUUACACACAUUCUUCAAAUAAAACAUUAUCCUCGCCUAGAGACUCACCAAAGUCAUUGAAAUCAUCCUCGAAUAACUCGUUAGCAGAUGAUCAUGAAUUUACCAAGUCAGAGAAACGUUCGCCAAACUCCAAAACAAACGCCUUUAUAGUGCUUGAUGGAGAACAGAUAUCGGAUGGUGACAUUGAUGAUGAGCCAGAACCUAUUCCUAAAUCUAAACCCACACCUAUGACUCAUGGAGAAGAUUUGUCUGAUGUAUCUGAUCUUGACAGUUUGGAUGGCGUUGAUGAACCUGAGCCUGAAAAAGAUCAACGAGUCAACGAUGAUAAGAAAGAAGAGAAAAAUUCAACGGUUACUCUCGUCGAAGAAAGUGAACAGCUCGAUUUUGAAGCCGAUGGACAGUGGAAAGAUGAGCGUGAUGAUGGUGAGAUAGACACAAUACCAGUCAAAGAAAAUAAGGAAAUUAAGGAAAAAGAUUCAAAGGACAAAGAAAAUGAAAAAGAUAAGUGUAAGGAAUCAGGGGAAAUAAAUGAUAUAGAGGAAGUUGAGGAGGAUGGUGAGAAAGUUGAAUCAGAAUUGGAGGAGGGAGAGUUAAGUGACGGGGAUGAUGCACGUCCAGAAGAAACCGAGCCCAGACCAGUGUGUCGGUUUUAUAAUAGAGGCCAGUGUACGUGGGGUGUAAGCUGCAGAUUUCUUCAUCCCGGGGUUACUGAUAAGGGAAAUUACACCAUGUUUGAUAUGGUCAGACCCAUGGCUUAUCCUCCGCAUGCUUCUGGAGCUCACGAGUUUCGACCUCACAUAGAAAGACCUCCGAUUAUGCGGGCACCGCCUGGAUUCGGUGCACAUCCUCAUGCUCCAAAAAUAGAGGAACCACCAGCAGAAUCGGCUUGGGAACGAGGCUUGAGACAUGCUAAAGAGAUGAUGAGGAAGGCGAAUAAACGGAAGGAAACUGACAUGGAUUUUGAAGAGAAAAAAAUGAAUCUUAGCCUUGGGCAAGAGGAAUUGGACCGAGAGGCUGGUUACUAUGUAAGAGCUGCAAGUCCAGAACCACCCCCUGAGCGCUGGCCACCAAGAGAAGUGCCGCGGCGCGGUCCUCUUCCAAGAACUACCCCUGAGCGCUACAUAGAUGAACCUGAAGGAUACUAUCCACCACCGACGGCACCUCCAGAAUAUUACAGACGAGUGCACUACAAACCGGAGCCCCGUCCAGGUCCAGAGUACAGAGAGCGCAUAGAAUAUCACACAGCACCGCGGGCUGCUCCACACUCAGUUUCCCCACCUCCACAUCCACGUGAAAGGGAAAGGGAGAGGGAACGAGAACGUGACAGGGAGAGAGAAUACUAUGAGAAGUAUGAAAAGAAGCACAAACGUCCUUCAAGAGAGGUAAUAGUGGAACGCAUUCCGCCAAACAAACCAUGGAGAGAAGAAGAGCCACCUGCGCCUGAGAGAGGAAGAGGAGACGAGUGGGCAGAUCCUUGGAUGCGGCGCAAAUCCCCGUCAGCCAUACGGCGUAAUCCUGCUGCAACCAGAAGACCAAGAAGGCAGUCUUACUCAUCGGGAUCUUCAUACUCUUCUACAAGCUCUAGCCGUAGCUCGAGUCGCUCUAGCUACAGCUCUUAUGACUCCCUGUCCAGGUCCCGAUCUCCUUCCCCUCCCUCUAGGUCCCGCCCAGGCGGCAAGGGGGGGAAGCCUCCUACAUCACCUUCACCUUCCAUCCCUGCGCCUGCGACAGUUCAACCUCAGAGAGGAGCCAUGCUGAUGAACCCACCGGCGCCGUCUCCUCGCCCCCCAAAGGGGUCCAUAUCUCCCACAACUGGUACCCUGCACCGGCGUGCAGGUCUUAAUCCACCCGCUCCAAGCCCCCUCUCCUCGCAUCAACGUCAUCAUGAAAAGACUAGAGACAAAGCCGCCAUUGCUGCAGCUGCUGUCGCAAAAGUCAUCAAAAGUCGCUCACGUUCCAGGUCGUCACACAGCAGUACUGGUUCCGAUAGCAGUGGCACGAGUAGUGAUUCGAGUGAAUCAAGCUAUUCGUCAUCUUCAAGCGGUACGAGGAGACGAAAAGGUUCUUCACCGCCUCAAAACCGUAAAGAAUCGAAGAGCAUAGAUGCCCUAAAAUUGAGUGGAACUAAGCAACAGAUCAAGCUUACAUUAAAGCCAUCAAAUAAUGCGGUAGCUGUCAAAAAAGUUGAUCGCAGUGCCACUAUUGCAGGAAAGAAAAGGCCGGUUGAAUCCCCGCCGCAUGUUGAUAGCAAGGCUAGUGCAGCAGCAGCAGCUGCAAAAGCUGCUAAAAAGGCGAGCUCUCGCCGUGAGGAGUUAUUGAAACAGCUUAAAGCUGUGGAGGACGCGAUUGCUCGUAAACGUUCUAAAGUAUGACCUAAUCGCUGUCUAAUUCAGGGAAUAUUACGUACAUUAGUUUGAAGUUGCAUAAUUAGCUGUUAUAAUUAUACUAUAAAAAUAAACAUGCUAAUAUUAAUUGUA